UGGAGCAGAAGGGGUCCGUGAAGUGCUCUCCGGUUGUGUUUGUGCGGUGUCACGUGGUUAACGCGUCCUCGUCCGGACUGGUUGAAACCGACCGGAAGCUGCUGGGGACACAAACCCACAGAACCCGAGCCAGCUCCGGACAGUCGGCCCCGGUAUGUCCACUCUCUGCGUGCUGAGGACUCGCUGCUUCCUCCGGCAGGUCCUCCCCGGCCUGCCCGCCGCCAUGCACCGACACUACAGCCUGGAUGUCUCCGCUCCGCUGCUCCGGACGCAGGGUUACGUCGACGGCCGCUGGGUCUCCGCAGCCUCGGUGUUCCCCGUUCUGGACCCGGCCACCGGGAAGGAGAUAGCCCGGGUGUCGGACUGCGGGCCGGCUGAAGCCAAGCAGGCUGUGGACGCCGCGUACAAGGCGUUUCACUCCUGGAAGCAGUGCACCGCUAAGGAGCGGAGCAUCCUGUUGAGGAAGUGGUUCGACCUGCUGACGCUGCACAAAGAGGAUUUGGCCAAACUGAUCACAUUCGAGAGUGGUAAGCCCAUACGGGAGUCUCUCGGGGAGAUCGCGUACUCCGCCUCCUUCCUGGAGUGGUUUUCGGAGGAGGCUCGGCGCGUGUACGGCGACAUCGUCCCGUCGCCUGCCAAAGACCGAAAGAUCCUCCUCCUCAAACAGCCUGUGGGGGUCGCCUCCAUCAUCACACCGUGGAACUUCCCGAGCGCUAUGAUCACCAGGAAGGUUGGAGCAGCUCUGGCUGCCGGCUGCACGGUGGUGGUCAAACCAGCUGAGGACACGCCGCUGUCGGCACUCGCUCUGGCCGAGCUGGCGGAGCAGGCGGGGAUCCCGGCGGGGGUGUUCAACGUGGUUCCCUGUUCCAGAGAGAAGACUCCAGCAGUCGGGGAGGUUCUCUGUACCGACCCGCUGGUCGCCAAAAUCUCCUUCACUGGCUCCACCGCCACCGGCAAGUUGCUGCUGAAAAUGGCUGCUGACACCGUGAAGAAGGCGUCCAUGGAGCUGGGGGGCCACGCCCCCUUCAUCGUGUUCGACAGCGCCGAUGUCGACAAGGCGGUGGCCGGAGCCAUGGCCUCCAAGUUCAGGAACUCUGGACAGACGUGCGUGUGCUCAAACCGCUUUCUGGUGCAGAGCGGCAUCCACGAUCGCUUCAUGGAGAAACUGGGCAAAGCGAUGGACGCCGAGCUGCGUGUGGGCCAUGGCUCAGAGCCCGACACGACCCAGGGGCCGCUCAUCAACACCAGAGCUGCAGAGAAGGUGGUCCAGCAGGUGUCAGAUGCAGUGUCCAGGGGAGCGAAGGUGUUGAAGGGCGGGAAGCGUCUGGACGGGUCCUUCAUGGAGCCCACCCUGCUGGCCAACGUCACCACAGAUAUGCUCUGCAUGAAGGAGGAAACCUUCGGCCCGCUGCUGCCCGUCAUCAGGUUCAACACAGAGGAAGAGGCUCUGGCUAUUGCUAAUGCAUCUAAUGUUGGGCUGGCAGGUUACUGCUACUCGCAGGAUGUGAGUCAGAUCUGGCGGGUGGCGGAGGCGUUGGAGGUGGGGAUGGUUGGAAUCAACGAGGGCCUCCUGUCCACCCCAGAGGCCACGUUCGGUGGGGUCAAACAGUCCGGUCUGGGCUGCGAGGGCUCCAAGUAUGGCGUCGAAGAGUAUCUGGAAGUCAAGUACAUGUGCUUCGGAGGCCUCAAACCCUGAAUCGGGACAGAGCGACGGGUCCAGCCGGUACUAUCAUUAGAGGUCCUAACUGUAGAGCCCAGGUUUUAAUUGAUUUUAAAUUUGACCAUAACACAAAAUAACACUUUAAACAUAAAACAUCUGUGGACUGCCCUUAAAAAUACCGUAAACCUCAACUGUUAAUGAGGGGAUAAAAGUAGUCGAGUAACUUUUGACAAAUCAUAAAACAGUUUUAUUAUCCAUCGGCUGUCAGGACGGGUUCAGUGAGACGAGCUCCUCUUCAUUCUCCUCCGUUGCCUUUUUUUUAAAUAAGAAACUGUUUCUUUCAGGCAAUAAUUAGCUUCAGUUAAAACCAACUUUAGGUGAAUGUUUGUCUCUGAAAUGUGUUCAAGCAAACAUUCACAUAAAUGAUUUAAAAAAACAUAUUUUUGAACUCUGUAAAAAGGUCUUAAAUACAAUAGACAAUAUCAUGCUAACUCGGCACGGUGUACUCGUGCACGGUGUAGACCAUACCAUGAAAAUUUCACAUAAAUCAGAUGGUGAUUGGUACAUACAGCUUACUUCCUGUUUCCAUUAGGAGGCGCUACAAGUAGGACUGAAUAUUUGUAUGUUGUUUGACGCACAGUCACAAAAAGCACAACGUUUAAUCCUGAUGGCGUUUAGUUUACACGCAGAAUCGCUAAAAAUGACCACUCAAUCCAAAACGGCCGACUUCCCGUAGGGGUCCGAGAGGCUUUCUGGUUAUGAUACCCGUGCGUCCAUACAUUUUCGCCACAGUUGAAUGUUUGUUGAGUUUUUGAGCGUGUUUGCAGGCGCCAAAAACGAAAUUCAUUUGACAGAAAAAUUAUAAUUUAAUUGGACGAAAAGCACAAAGGGUCGAUUUAUGCUUUAUUCACAUUUUCAAACAAUAUUUUUUACAGAGAAAACAUGACGAGUCAGGCAAAAUCCUCUCCGAUGAAUUUCCCCAAAUCCCGUCAAGACCAGGACAGACGUGCUAAUGUUACCUUAAACUCUGAUAUAGCAUCAUGCGGGGCCGUCUCCCACACAGCGGACGUUCCAGUGCUAAAAAACAAUAUAAACUGCAACGGUUUCCUACAUGUGAACUUCCUACAGCAGCACAUAGAUCCUCGUUUAAAACAGGAGAAAAGCCGGAAACUCGGUAGAGAAGGGAAAAUUUACUGUGAUAAAAUAAAUUAAAACGCACAAAAAAAACCUUUUUGGUAAAUUUUUUGUAAGAUAAGUAUUUGUAUUGAACAUCAUUGUGUCCUGUAGUUGGUCUGUUGAUGUAAAAACUGUAUUUUUCUAUGAUUAUAACAUAAAUAUAUGCUGUCAUAUUGAACACAUGUUCAGAUUGGCUCUAUAGAUAAUUAAUGUGCCAUUUAUACAACACUUAACAGCUUCAGUAUGAAACAUUUCAAUAACAUCUGUCAGACAUCAGUAUUGCUAAAACAUAAAUAAAUAUAAAUGUUGAAUGAAUGGUCUGAUGUUGAAUAGUAUGCAUGUAGCCAACAACCUAAUGUUAUCGGAAUAAAUAAAUGUCAGAAUAUUCCUGUAUAGAGAUCAAAUGUCAUUAAUUAUUCUAGAAUAGUAGUUUAAUAAAUACCUCGUUAUUGUGUAAUUUGCUUUUUUUUCUGAGCCUGAAAGUAAAAAUUAUAGUUGUCAUAAGUGCCAUGUAAUUAAUUAUUAUUUCUAAUCUAUGUUUACUUAUUAAAGAGUAACUGAACAGA